UAAUUCUAUAUUAUUAUCAUUAUUAUUGUCAACAUGUUGCAACCGUGAUUGAUUUAGCGUGUUUUAUUUCCAUAUCGUGUUAGCAUCGAGUGCUUACUAUGUUCGAAAGGCAAAACGGUGAAAAAUGCGAAAUGAUGUUCCUACACAAACUUGCCAUUCUCGUCGUCAGCGCUCUGCUGAUUUACGACUUCUAUAACAACUCCACGCCUGUAGAAAUACGCAUUCAGAACCCUCAAUUCGCUUUACUAGGCCCCUAUAAUACUACAGAACCAAGCGCGGUAGUAGAUGAUGUUUACGAUCAACUUAUCGAUUUAAAAAACUUCUCAUUAAAAGUUAACCCUCAACCUUGUCAGAACUACGACGCUGGACUGCUACUGGUCAUAAUAAUAUCUUCAAAUCCGAGUAAUUAUGACAACAGGAUGGUUAUUAGAAACACUUGGGGGCGAUCUGUGGAUUCUACUAAAGUUGUGUUUUUGAUGGGAGAGUCGGAGAAUGCGACUUUGUCUCAAAAGAUUCAGAAUGAAUCGGCCAUAUUUGGGGAUAUUGUGCAAGGUAGCUUUACGGAUGCUUACCGUAACAUGACCUACAAGCAUGUGAUGGGUUUGAAGUGGGUGUCACAUCAUUGUCCAAUGGCGAAGUACAUUUUGAAGACGGAUGAUGAUGUUGUGGUGAAUUCUCAUGCAUUGAGGCAGUUUUUGGCGCGGGAGCUGUCGCCGUGGGGAGCGAAGGGGUUGAUUACAUGUCAGGUGUUGGAGCACGCUUUGGUGCAGCGGUCACAUCGGUCUAAGUGGAGAGUGUCACCGGCAGAGUAUAAGCCACACUACUAUCCAACAUACUGUGCAGGUUGGGCCAUCCUCUACUCCCAAGAUGUUGUUCCCCGACUGUUGAAGACAGCCCAAUCCACGCCGUACUUCUGGAUAGACGAUGUCCACGUCACCGGCGUGGUGGCCCAGCAGAUCGGCGUGGCUCGCACUCCGCUGGCCAGCCUGGUGCUGUCUCGGAACCGGGCCACGAUGCUGACAUCACUCGGAGCAGAUUAUGCUGGGAAGUUCUUGUUCGGACCACCGGAUAUUAGUGUGAGCAAGAUCUCGCAGAUAUGGAAAGCUAUUCCAGAAUAGAUUUUAAGGGUAAUCACAUAACUAAAGACCUGUGUAGACGUUGAAAUAGGGUGGCUGCUAUAGUUACUAGACACUCCAUAGUAGAUAGAUAGAUAUUAUAGAUAGAAUACCUACUCUUUAUUGGCACAACUCAGUAAAAGAUACAGCUUAAAGAAAAACAAUUGAUUAAAUAUAGAGGCAGACAACAGGCGGUCUUAUCGACGACUUUGGCCACUGUUUACAAUAAUAUUUCUAUUGCCUUGUUUCUUUCUGAUUUGUUAAGAGUGGCCAAUUACUAUGGAGGGGCCAAUAACUGUAGCAACCAUAUAGACCAAUAUGAGAGAGGGCACACCGGUUGGGUGACGUGUGCGUGCAAGGCUCUAACAUAUUAUCGCACGCUGAGUGUAGUUUCUCACUGCGACAAAUUCCGAUCCUUAAAAUAAUAUAAUAAAUACUUAAGUAUUUACCGGGUGGCUAAAAAAUGAGUGCAUUCCCGUUGCCAGGGAGGUUUUGGGAUUAUACUGAGCAACUUUUACUAUGGGACCAACCCCUAAUUCGCGAAAAAUAAUU